UUGCCUUCCCCUAACCCUCAACAGGGGGAACCUAUCACGGGUACACCAGCGUCCUCGAGACCUUACACCGAAAAGACCAGGACAAAGCUGCGACACAGGACUUCGAGAUGUACAACGCGGCCGACCUCUUCCUCCCUUUCCCUCACCCUCCAGUGGCCGCCGGUUCUUCCUCUUCUACCCCAGGAUCAGGCUCAGGAUCAGGGGCAAAGAAAGGUAAACAGAACAAGGCCAACGGCAAUGUCAAUGCCAACGGGAACACCGAAUCGCCAUACGGCUCACGAGCAGGGUCUCCAGCCGGUACCCUUGGACCGACCGAAGUCUUCGACACUGCGAGCUCGACUUCGACUUCGGGCAUAGUCAAGGCUACUCGAUGGGCAGAAGAAAAGUACUGGAGAGCUCUGCCUGGAGGUAGGGAAGAGAAGGAGGCUAAGAGAGGGUUGGUCGCUCAGGCUGGGUAUUUCGGAUAUUCGAUCGUAGCUUAUACGAUCACCCCCGCUCGACCGGGUGCGAUACCUAUCAACCCUUUCUACCCAUCAUCUUCCUCUUCCUCGCAAACUCAAUCUCAAGGACAGCCGCAGAUAGGAGAACCUAUUGGAUCGGUCCCCUUUCCAGAAUAUGACCCUCGAUGGGCAAGUGGAAGUGGGAAGAAAGCGGGUGCCGGUGGGAUGGGGGUGAGGCAGAUGGGGAGGUUACAUCUGGUCGUCGACGAUAGCAACGUUCACGGUUUGACUGCCUCCCAAACCCCUCUGCUACAAACCUGGGACUUGAUCUCCCUCCAACCGCUCACCCCAGAAUCCUUCUCGAAGGUCUGUACCGAGCUCACUCGACCGGGAGCGAACCAGGUGGGGAUCAUCACCGUCUCGACAAGUGGAGCGAGGCUGCCGUUCAAGGGCAUGAAGAGAAGUCUGGUCAGGGCCGCACUGAGGAAUGGGGCUGUGUUCGAGAUCUGUUACGCCUCGGCCCUCGGCUCUCAGAACGACGAAAAGGCCCGACAAAACUUCCUUACGAACGCUCGAGAGGCCGUGAGGGUGAUCAUGGCCGUAUCCGGUGGAGGUGGACGAGACGGGGUGGACAAACGAGGAAAGGGUGGGGGUGGGAUCAUCUUCAGCUCGGGGGAUGGGUCCGGGGUUCGGGGUCCGGCUGAUCUGAUCAACCUAGCUACGCUCUUGGGAAUGCCAGCGAAUCAGGCGAAAGAGGCCGUCAUGGACACCCCACUCAAAGUCAUCCUGCGGGCCCAGGCUCGAAGGGCGUACAAGGGGGUCAUGUCGGUCCCGAGGAUGGUCAUGCCAGAAACGAAGGUGAAAACAGCAGCGGAAUCGACAACGACGAUGGAAAUAGACCAGGAUGAAGCUGAGAACCAGGCAGAAUCGACGAGUAAACGAAAGGCAGCCGAAGUGGAAGUGUCGAAACAGGUGAAAAAGGUCAAAGCGGCAUGAGGGGCUUCCAGGUCUAUCCGGUACAUGUAACAAGGUCAUGCAUAUGGAAAGACCGGUCAUGUGUCGCCUGUGUUUAACUCGCGCGAGUUGGAGAACCGUCUGGAAUCCCUCGAUCGACGUUAGAGACUUACCAUCAGUCGCGAGCAAAUUGGCUAAGCUCACCAACUUCAGCGUGGACUUCUUUACCUGGAUUCUCUAACUUGACCCAGACCAUGCGAGAAGAACGGAAAAGAUAUGGU